UUGCUGCGGUUGCCAUGGCACAGCGUCAGCGGUUGCACUGAAUCAUGGGGAUCGAAAGAUAAAGGUUACGGUUUGGCGUCUGUGCUGUCGCUGUGUUUACGCGGAUGAUUAAAGGGAAAUAUAUUUCAACGACCAGUCAUUACAGCGUAGUUUCUGGGAGAGCGGAGAGAACAUUUUCUGUUUUAAUUACGGAUAAGUCGGCUAAAGCUCGAACUAGCUUGCUACUCCUAGCUAACAUUAGCGGUUUGAAUCUACAAUGAAUCUGGUCCCAGCUAUGAAGUUUGGUCGGAGCGAAACAGCAGAAAAAUAGCGGAAAUAAACGAGCAACAGGCAGGUGGGUACUACUAGCAUCCCAGCGGUAAACGCAGCCUUCAGUUUUCACCUACCUGUUGAAUGUAGGUGUAUUUGUUUUAGUCCGGAUACAAGGAGCAGCUCUGCCCCAACAAGCACUAUUAGCUCUCUAAAUAGGUUUACUAAUGUUCUGCUGCUAAUAAUGUGUUAUUUUUUUACUUCGUGUCUUUAUGUAAAUGUGUUUUAUUUGAUUUAUUAUACCUUUCUUGUAAGAAGGCCCCUUCAGUUAUAGAGAAAAUUUGUUUAGUUACUGUUACUUGGCAUGGAUUGUGUCAACAGUCCACCUGCCAAUCACUCGAACUGCAAUGAUCCGAUAAUUUGGUGUCACGAAGAACUGUACUUAACUGCUGUUGUGUGUAAGAUGAUGCCUUUUAAUUUUGUUUUGACCAAUUUUUAAACACAAAAAGGGAAUAAAAAGACAGCCCAGUAUAAUGGUUGUUAAAAAAGAUAAAGGAAAGAAGAGGCUAAAAACAGCAGAAAUGACCUGGAUGUGACACAUGGGAUUCAGCACACAUUAUCGAACAGACAGCAUGGAAGAAUCAGAAAAAGUCCCUGAAGCGAUUGAGGACAACCGGAUUCUAAGUCGCCAGUCCCGUCGGAGCACAAAUAAAGAGUCUCGAGCAUCAUCGGGGCAGAGGCACAGAAAGAACCAUCAGGGAAAAAUUCACAGAGAAGACACGAUGGUUGAAAGUGUCGGCAGCACAUCAAAAACAGGAACCUGCCGAUCCGAUCCAGAUCGAGACCGGAUUUCAGAUGGAGAGGGUCGGAGAAGUGACGGGUCACUAUAUUCUGAGGACUAUGAGAACGCUACGCAGUCGGAACGCUCACUUUCACCUUUCUCCCAGUCACUCACUCCAUCUCCAGUUCCACAGAGAGGGUGCCUGGCAAAGCAGAUUUCUAGAAGUCCACUACACAAACUACGUGGGGUUGGGCGCUGGAAUGCAUCUCGGCCACAGCGACCUGGAGGCCUUCCUGUCACACAGCACCACCGCAAGGGAAAUCGGUCUCAAAGCAAAGAGUCUACACCGCCUAAAGACCUGGAUCUGGUGACCAAGCGGAUGCUUUCAGCCCGCCUACUGAAGAUCAAUGAAUUGCGGAACUCUCUUGCUGAACUAAAGCAGCAGAAUGAUGAACUGAAGAAGGAAAAUAGAACUCUCAGACAGCUUCAGGUACGUCAGGAGAAAGCCCUGCAGCGCUAUGACGACACAGAAAGUGAGAUUUCCCAGCUCCUGGCGCGCCACUCCAAUGAGAUCCAUGUGCUACGGGAGCGACUGCGGCGCACUCAAGAGCGGGAACGGACAGCUGAGCGGCGGUUAAAGGAGAGCGAGGAGCAGUUGCAUCGGAGCCAAGCCACGGUCACGCGACUAAAGAAGCUGGUGGACCAGCAAGAAUUGGGGACCAGAGAUAAGCUAAGUCGUAGCUUUGAAGAGGAGAAAACUCGGGCCCAAGAGGCACAACGUAAAGUCAAGGACUUGGAGCGCAGCAUUGAGCUGAGCAACAACAGUUUUCAGAGGCAGUUUGCUGCAGAGAAGAAGAAGACUAUGAAUUCUCAGGAGGAGGUGAAGAUUCUGCAGGAGGAGCUGGACCGACUGACCAGUAAACUCAAGGAAAAGGAAAGAGAGCUAGAUGCUAAAAAUAUUUACUCCAACCGUUUGGUAAAACCAGCAUUACGGAAAGAUGGUGAAAGUAGUACAAAGCAGAAACUCACAGUACUUUACAGCACCAAGGCAGUACAAACUGAAGACAAAAUGUCAAGUCAGGAUUUCCCCUCUCCACCCCCUGCCAUCAGUGACACCAAUGAGUACAGCGGACAGUCAGCUGGCGAAUACCUGUCUUUGAAGGAUCUUAACAGGGUGGACAAACCAGCAGAGUCAAAUAAGGUUUCUCAAAAAACCGAUGAACACAAAACGAGAGGAAGGCAUGAGGAGGAAUUGGUGAGGGAACAGGAGACGCAGCAGAGAGAGGGACUCAACCAGGAGCUGAAUGUCCUCAAAGAGAAGCUGAGCAGACUAAAAAAUGACAUAAAGAAAGAACAGGAAGAGGAUGAGGAUAGCAAGACGUCAAAUUCCCUGUUCAGCCAGAAAGAAGAAGACAACUACUGGAAGCAUGGCCACGUCCAGGAGGAGGUGGCGCGAUGGAACAAAGAAUCUACGUCCAGUCAGCAGGCGACAGAGGAAGCACGUCGAAAGAAAGAGCAGCUGUUGGCUAAGAUGCGAGAAAUAGAUCGUCAAAACCAGGAAGCACAGGACUCUGUGUUCAUUGAGUCACCUCUUUCUGAAUCCAGAAAAAUUAAUAACGUCGCUUCUCCACAUCCACCUGAGGAUAGAAACCGUAACUUUUCGGUUUUCAACCACUCUGAGUCAGAGGAGACGAGAUCGAUGCUGGCUGGAGAUAGAGAAGAUGGAAGGAGGAGACAAAGUGUGGAGCAUGGAGGUUUUACAGCUGGGAGGAGAGCAUUGCGGCCCCAUACCUCCAGUGAUGACCUGGCAUUUGGAAGGUACGCACCUUCGUUUGGACACUUAGCGUCCCGGGUUUCCCCUGGCUUCCCUCCAGCUCCGCCAAGCGACAGCAAAAACACUGCAUUAGAAGCCAUAGGACUUUUUAAUGUUGGAAUGAUGGUAAUGGAGAAGGAAACAGAAACGAAAACAGAGAAAGACAAGAAAUCAAGCCUCAUGGAGCAGCUGUUUGGUGCCCAGACCAUUCCUGCUGGUGACAGUUUCAGUGCUUCCAAUAAAAUGAAGGUGCUUAAUAGCCCUCCAACAACCAACGGGGUACGUUCAAGACGGGAAGGUUUACAUCGCUUCAGCUCGGGUUCUUCUACACCUCCACCGUCUUCCAGUAUCAUCGACAAGGCUCUAAACGUUGCAGACAGUAAACCUGCCAUCCGUGCCAUCCCCUCCUUUGAUGACGACAUAGAGGAACUCACUUUAUAAAUAAAUAUUUCAGUGGCA